GCGACUCCCCGGAAGAGGAACCACGAGAGCUACUUCCGGGGGACUCUCUCCCAGAGGAAGCGGAAGCGAGGCCGGAGCAGCCCGCGGGAGGAACCAACGGCGGCGGAAUGGAGCGGCCAGGCCUCUGCGCCCUCCCGGACUCGCUCCUGCUCCGGAUUCUGGAGUGCCUGCCGCCGCGCGACCGGCUGGGCGGGGCCCGAGUCUGCAGACGAUGGCGUCGCUUGGUGCGGGACAAAUUGCUGUGGAGAUACUUGGACCUAACGCCUUACAAGAUGUCCUCCAAGGCCCUAUGGCACUUGCUGCGGAACAAUCUUCGAGGCAGCCUGCGGGCGCUGAAGGCACGGGGAUGCCUCCACUCCAUUCGCAAGCAAGAAGUUUUUACCCCAGCACUAAUGCAGGCCUUGGGCAGGCAAUGCCCCAAUCUCCACCGCCUGUGCCUGACAGAGACGGACCUUCGCUCACUCUCCUAUGAUUGCAUCCCUUCCUCUGUCACGACCCUGGAACUGAGCUCCUGUGAGAUCCCUUCUCUGUGGUUCAAAGUGUCUGAAGCCUCGAAGACCUGCCCUGCCUUUCCACAGAUUCAGCACCUUGUAAUCCAGAAUGUCCCUGCCUUCUCCAGCCAGCACCUGCUGAACAUCUCCAUCCAGGGCAAUCUCAAGACUCUGGUCCUGUCCGAGGCGUACCGGAUAACUGUUGCAGGUUUCCAGGCAGCAGCACCACACCUGGGAGGCCUAGAACACCUCACCCUGCGUCGCUGUAGCAUUGGCAAUUUACUCACACAUGUCAUUGCGUUCCACAUGAGGCACCUGCAAAGUUUGGACCUCGGGGACAAUCCUUCUCUGGAAAACAGAGGUCUUCCUUGUUUAAGCAGCUUGCUAGACUUGGAGGACCUCUGCCUGGAGGCCUGUUGCAAGCUUUCCUCAGAAGCCAUUGUGGCCGUUUGCCAGAAAUUGCCCCGGCUCAGACAUCUUGAUAUAAGGGGGUUAGAGUUCCAAGACCAGGUCAUCCACAAAAUCCAGGCGGAUUUGCCAGGCUGUGUUGUGACAAGUGCUGUCUCCCUUGGAGAUUCCAGUGCUGUGUCUACACCGUGAGCCUGUGCACAUUGUGGAGAAGCUCUGGGGAGCAAGAGGCAAUGAAACCAUCACAUGCAUAGUCUUGAUCUCAUUUAAGUUGAUGGCAACCCAGAGAGAAAUGGCAAGGAGCUGCACACUCAUUGACAACAUGACUUUCAAAGUGUGGCUUCAUGUGCUCUGGAACAUCGUCACAGCAGAAAAGCUGAGGGUUGUAUCCAGUGCUAAUUAUACUCAGAGUAGAUCCAACUGGCAAGAUGAUUGCACCUCUGAAAGGAAACAUGCCUAAACUUCAAGAGUGUUAUCAUAUCAGUUUAUUUACCUAAAAAAUAAACAUCCAUUGCACAGCAUACUGAACUGAA